AUGACGGGAACAGAGAAACGAAACUGGAAAGAUUAUACAUUAAUCUUACCAUCUAUAUGUCAUUGUUAUGUUGGACAAUUAGCAAUAGAUACUUUAAUUAAUACGUUACAUAUGAAAAGUGCUCGUGUACUUAACUGGACAUGUGUAGAACCGGUAAUUGCAUAUGAUCCAUAUGAAAAUACAAAUAAAGAAAAUUUUGCAUUUGGUAUUGAAGUUUAUGAAGAAACAAAUUUAAAAUUACUUGUUAUUCAACAACGUGGUAGUAUUGUAUCAGGCAAACGACAAGAAUUUGUCGAUGAACUUUUAACAUUUUUUAAAAAUGAACAAUUAAAAGAAAUUAUUAUUUUAACUGCAUUUAAUGCUGUUGAACGUAAUGAUUCUCAAUUAACUGGUGAUCAAUUUCGAUAUUUAUCAACAAUAAAUAAUUCUAAUAAUCUUGGAUGGAUUGCAUUAGAAGAACGACAAGAUAAGCAUCAUCAUAAAAUUGUACGAGAUCGUGAUCGUUAUUAUAUUGCUGGUGGUGGAAUUGCUAAUCGAUUAUUUUAUACAGCACAACAGAAGCAAAUACCGAUUACUGUUUUAUUGAUGUUUACCGAUGUUGGACAAGAAGUACAACAUGCUAAUGAAUUAUUAACGCGAUUAAAUCAAUGGAAAAAAAUAUGUCAAGUUCAACAAUGGCAAAUGCCUGCAUCGCAACGAGCUUGGAUAGAAACACAAACUGUACCACCCAUUUAUUAA